AUGUCUGGAAGGCCCGAGGAAAGACUUUACGGCAAUGUGGAGAGUCAAUCGUCCAAUGUCUCGCAGGGAGGUCGGAGAAGAGCGAGGUCGGAAUUUGAGGGUGACACAGAUUACUCCUCUGCGACUCGCAGAAGAUUGGAGGAAACGCGGCGACCAGAGUGGACUAUGAGCAGCACCGUAAAGGACAUCCUGCUGGAGGGAAGCACUAACAGCACCGAAAUGAAGCUGAACGAUUUCCUUCGUAGCCACUUGGGCGGCAGGGCGGCUGUUGAUGAAGACUACAAUGUGACGAUGGAGGCGUUUGUUCAGGAGCCGGAUGCUUACGUACAAGACCAGGAGCUUCUUAGAAGAAUUAUUAAUUUACCUGCGUACCAAGCGCUGGAGGAAAGGAAAAUACUAUUGGAGGCUAUUUAUAAGCUUCAUCACGAGGGUGUGUAUUUUCUCAGGCAAUGGAGGGACUAUCAACGAAACGAUACGCUCACUCCUCUUGCAAGUGGAAAGCUAAACGGAGUACUCACUGAUAUAGAGGAAAAAGAAAACCGUGAGGCGGAAGAAAGAUUAAGGCGUGAGGAAGCAGAAACGCAACGACGAGCGCAAGAAAUAAUAUUUACCAUGUCCACUAAUAUCGAAGUUGUAUUGUUCAGAGGAAGGGCUCGCGUCAAGGAAAUGAAGCUUAACGAUUUUCUUACGCUGAGAUUUGGCGGAAAGGGCGUUAUGGACACCAAUCGGAAUGUCUUGCUGGAGGAGUUUUUCAAGGAACCCGCGAGGUAUAUCGGCGAUGAGGGAGUAUUGAACGAAAUAAAGACAUCAUAUCCUUACUUGAGGAUGGAGUGGGUUCUAACAGAGGAAACGAUUUUGGAACGAGAUAUUCUCAAGCUUCAACAGAGUGCCGGCACUCUAGCAGCGUGGUCAUUAGCUGCCGAAGAGGUAAAAGCAGGUGUUCAUGACAUCACUAAACAGACUUUGGAUGCAGCCCUCGAGGAAGUGAGGAACCCAGCGGCGACGACUGCAUCGAUAAAACUGGAGGGAUGCUACGAGUCUGUGUACAAUGCGAGGUGGCAUCAUGUCGUGGAAGUUCCUGGCGGCGAGGGGACGGGAAUGAAGGUGCAUGAGGGGGAACCACCGCAGCCAUGGACGUACAAGGCAGUUGGCCGAACCCUUGAAAAGGAUGACGGUGUGGAGCAAUCCGGUGAAGCGCGUCUCAGGCUGAUGGUGCUUACCUCGGACAAGGGAUGGCCGUACACGUGGAGAAGGGAAAGUAAAGCCAUUCGUGACUGCUAUGUGAACUGUGAGGUGGAGCGAGUGUGGCAGUUCGUCAAGGGCGAUCUCACCGAGUGGUUCAUCAAUUUUCAUUUGAUUCUCAAUCCUUCACCUUUGCCGCGUGUGUUGAUUGGGACGCCAGGGAUCGGGAAGUCGAUGGCUGCCGGUUCGUACCUUCUUUACCAGCUGCUGCACUACGAUGUGGAGCGACUGCAAAUGGUUGCUUACUAUGUUGGAGAUGAAUCGUUCCUGUUUGACAAAACCACCAAAACCGUGACAAAAUACAAGGAAGGGACCAGAUUCACGAAUAUUGUGAAGAGUCUAUUUUGGCGUGGGUUUAAGGGGUAUAUUAUUUACGACAUCGCAAAGGAUGGUUGUAAACCGUCUGCUAACUUGCCUUGCGAUGGUUGGGGCAUGAUUGUGCUGACAUCACCGAACGAGGGUAACUUUAGCGAUUGGGAGAAGGAAAUUAAACCCACAAGAAUCGUAAUUAAUUGUCCUGAGAAAGACGAUGUAAAGGCGAUAUGCGUUUGGAUGAGGCAAUACCAGUCAAAACAGGAGCAAGAGAAGUACUGGCGAGAGGUGAAGGAUCGAAUGGAAGAUUUGGGACCACUUCUUCGUUACAUCUUUAUUGAGAACGAAUACAAGGAUCGGAAUAUGUUGUGCGAAAAAGCUGUUAGAGAGAUGACCUUGCCGGAUACCAACCAUUACCUUACAUUGGGAACUCAUAAAAUGUGGGAUGCUCGCCACGUCUCUCAUAAACUUGUGAAGAUCGUACGAGUACGAGGUGACGAUGGUGAAUUGACCCUAAAUUCACUGAUAUCUCCCCAUCUCGGAAGUUUAAUGACAUGCAAGUUGGCGCAAUUAAUGAUGCCGAAUGAUUUUAUUUUACUCAUAUUGGCCAUCAAGGACGAUCUCUUAUCAAAAACCCUUGAAAGGUAUUCCGUUUUUACAUUUUUGAGCGAGGGCUUUAUAAAUGCAAUAAUACCGAAACUCAAGGAGCUGAAAAUAAAAAAAGAUGCUCCGCCACAUCUCUGUGCGUUGAGAGUGCGUCCACAUGAGCGCCCCUUCAAGCCCCUUCUUUUACCGUUACUGAAAGAUUUUGAGGAGAAGAUUAAUAUAGGGUGUCGGGUGCUGUACAUACCGGAGGCUAAAAACUUUCCGUUGGUGGACGCCUUUUUCUUUUUGGAGUCAAACCCGAAGAUAAUGGUUGGGCUGCAGAUUACUACGGCGGGUGAGCACCACACCCUAACCAGCACUGUGAAUCUGUUCAAAGAAAAUAUGGCGACAUAUUUUAAUGGUUGGGAGAAAUUUGCUCAAGGAUUGUCGUGGGAUAUUAUUUAUAUACAACACGUAGACAACAAGCCGCUAACUAGCUGGCAGAGAUGUGAUUACGUCAAUCCCAGGAAUAAAACCGACGCUGAAAAAGAAAUUGUGGCGUUCUGGAAGGAAAAGGUGCACCAGUACCAAGUUUCUGUAUCAUCCAGAGACUUUAAAAGAGAAGAAGCUCUCCCAACUGUUGAAAAGCAAACAAACAACAGGAAACAGAUUAGAAAAUGA